AUUUCCUAAUCUAACAGUUGAAAUAUUCAAAAUCAACAUCCCUAAAAGAAAGAUGCUACUGCCACGCAUAGAUGGAACGUGGAGCAACUUCUCAAAACCACCCAAAAAGAAAGAAAAAUAAAAUAAUACAAAGCCAAAUCUAGUGCAAUCGAAACUCUUCUUUCUUUUCUUUAUUUCCUUUCUUCUUCUUUUUUUUUUUUUUUUUUUUUUUCUUCCUUUCUCUUCUAUAUAAUCCUUCAAAAUCAUUUCUUGGCAUGGAUAACAAAUGUGGAAGAACAAGUACUGCUUGGUUUAUUUUCUUGUUGAUCAAUGUAUCCCUGCAAAUUCUGUCAGUUGUCGGAGAUGGAGGACAGCACGUUGCCCAAAACAUGCAAGAGAAGCCACCUCUUGUAAAGAUGGCAAUGGACACACUUACUACAUUGAAGAAAUCCCAUAAAAGUUCUUGGGACAAACUUAAAGCCAUGAUUCAUGGCUUCCAGUUGCAGUUUUUUCCUCCAAAUUUAGAUUUUAGAGGUCAAGAUCAAGAAGUGGAUGGCGCUGGAGGAAGGAUGAAGGAAGCGGCUGAGAAAAGCUUAGAAGUUGGCAAAGUAACAGCUGAGGAAUCUGCUAAGUCGGCCGCUAAAGUUGUAGGAGAAGCGGUGCACAAGGUCAAGGAUAAAAUAUCAAAUGAUGAGGAGUCUCAUCAACAUGAUGAGCUUUAAGCAAAUCUUUUCGUGAAAUUUGCACUUAGGGUUUUCUUCGAAACUAGAAAAUGAUGUUCCACAUAGAACUGAUCAUGCAUAGUUUUGUUGUUUCAGUUUAGUUUCUUUGGUGAUCGAAAGCUUGUUGCUUUGCUUAUGAAUGUAAGCGGUUGAUCUACGGUAUUAUCUCAAUGAAAUGAUAAUAUUUUAUUUUUUUCA